AUGUCCACCGCCGCAGGAUCGAAGGACUGGAGUGCGGCACAGUACCUCAAGUUUGAAGAUGAGCGAACACAACCAGCUCGCGACCUCCUCGUCCGCGUUCCUCUCCAAGCUCCUAAAAGAAUAGUCGAUCUCGGCUGUGGACCGGGCAACUCAACCGCAGUCUUGGAGUCCCGCUAUCCCAAUGCCCAUCUCGUAGGGAUGGACUCAUCCCCGGACAUGAUCCGCAAAGCCAAGACGGCCCUUCCACACCGCGAGUUCACAGUUGAAGACUUACACUCGUAUUCACCGGAAGGACCUGUUGAUCUCUUCUUCUCCAACGCCGUCUUCCAAUGGCUCGGGAAGGACGAGCGAUUCAGUAUUGUCAAGAAGUUGAUGGAGAGUCAACCCUCAGGCGGCGUGUUCGCUCUCCAAGUCCCUGAUAACCUCAUGGAGCCAUCUCACGUCCUUAUGCGCGAGACUGCAGAGAAUGGUCCUUGGGCUACAACUCUCAAGAAUGUCGGUCGUGAUACUUUCCAGACACCGCAAGAGAUUUACGAUCUGCUCAAACCGGUCUGUUCGAAAGUGGACAUUUUCCAUACCAGUUAUUAUCACAAUCUUGAAAAUCAUGCGGCUAUCAUUGAGUGGGUGAAAGGGACCGGACUGAGGCCAUACGUGGACCCCUUGUCUCCCAACGAGAAAGAGGGUUUCUUGCGAGAGUAUUUGAAGCGCUUGGAGAAAGCCUAUCCAUCGACAUAUGAUGGCCGGGUAUUGCUUCCUUACCCCCGGCUCUUCGUUGUUGCAGUCAAGAAAUAA